UAUGCAAACUUACCGAAUAGUAAAAACGUUUAUGCUUACAAACCCGCCGUUCCCCUCAGUGCUGCGCGUCCGUCUGCUGUGUCCUUCCUGCCCAGCUCCGGUUAGAGUCGAUCUGAGGCUCGGACUCGGUCAGGAGUGAGGUGAGAGCUUGCCCAGAGUGCAGCACCAGGGGUCCUCGUCUAGAAUCAGUGACGCUGACAGCAUGGUGAGACUUGGUGGCCUGAGGAAGACUGGGAAGAGAUCGUCCCUCUGAAAUGGAGGAAAGGGGUUGACUGCUUAGAGCCCUGUUGGGGCCUCUGCCUGUUAAUUACGUCUCCUGUUUCCAAGGCUGGGCACAGACUGGGGGUUUAGGGGUGGGGUGUUCUCCUGACCCCUCAGCUGCAUGCCCAGCACAGGCAGUCCAGUGCAGUAGCCCAGACAUGCACAUGCAUGUGCACACAAGCAUGCACACACAGUAACCAGCAAGCCAGGAGGUCUCAGCAGAGGCCCGUGUGUGAUGCUGUGAACUCCCAGAGGAGAGGAGCUUGUUGGGGCCUGGAAGGGUGGGUCAGGCUCGGACUGUGGAGUAGGGCAGGCUAAAGGGCUUGGAGGCCCUGGACGUGAGGCCUGGUCUGAGCACAGGCGUGGAGGUCAGUCUGGGGACUCAUGCAGGCUGGUACAGGAGAGAGGUUCCUGAGGCAGAUAACGCCAUCAGCACUACUUAAUGUGACACUCAGAAAGCCUGGCCUUCAGCCAUGGAGUCGCCUGUGCAGAUGUGAAGGUAAACACCACCGCAGGGCUGUUCUCUCGUCCCCGUCUUGACUUCCCACUCUGGCAUUGUCUUGUGGCCUCUGUCUUGGCUGUCUGUAGCACCAACUUGGAGAUACAUGAGUGUUUAGACAGGUUCUCCGGUUACCCAACUGAAAUCCAUUCUUGGAAAGUUCAUGUAAAUCAUUUUACAGUCCUGAACCUUCAGGAUGUCACGUUGUUUCUGUGUAUAGAAGUCACGCGUGCGUUACAGGAACACACAGUGUAGGAAGCCAGGGUCCUUCCCGAGUCACCCCUCCACACCCCUGCUUUCAUGCACCUUUCCCAUCAUGUUGGUUUUGGACAUGGCCACGUCUUUUUGCAAGGCUGCAUUAGGUUUUCCAGUGCCGUUACACUGUCGUCUGCUGACCGGAUAUUGUGGAACUGUCCAGAUGGCUUGCAGUCGACAUCCUUUAUUUAAUGAUCUCUGCGCCCGUGGAUAGGUGUUCUGUGGAAGGAGGGAGCUCCGCUCUCUGCUUAUUGAUUUUAUUCCUUCCCACUCACUGCCCACUGCUAGACCAUGCUUGCUGCAUCGGAAACCAGCAUAGAGAAGAAGUGUUUGGGCUGUGAAUGUAGGCUAAAGAGAGUGAGUUCUUCCCCUACGAAUUCCACUUCAUUUGUGGAAACCUGUUGGCCGGCUCACACCCUGGGAAGCAGUUGCCCUGAUGAAGGAAGAUCUUAGGUGGGGGAGGGGACCCCAUGGACAAUCCUCCACAGUUUCAAAAAACAAUGUUUUUAUGCCAUCAAGCUUCUGCGAGCCAUCUGCAGGCAAUUCCGACUCAGACCCAGAGGAAAGGAGCAGUGGCUUCCGGUUGAAGCCGCCAACGCUGAUCCAUGGCCAAGCCCCCAGCGCAGGUCUGCCAAGCCAGAAGCCCAAGGAGCAGCAGCGGAGCGUGCUUCGCCCGGCAGUGUUACAGGCUCCGCAGCCAAAGGCACUGUCCCAGACUGUCCCCAGCAGUGGCACCAACGGGGUCAGCCUCCCAGCAGACUGCACGGGGGCAGUGCCAGCAGCAUCCCCUGACACUGUUGCACGGAGAAGUCCUUCUGAAGCUGCCGAUGAGGUGUGUGCACUUGAGGAGAAAGAGCCCCAGAAAAAUGAGUCCAGCAAUGCCUCUGAAGAGGAAGCCUGUGAGAAGAAAGGCCCCGCCACACAGCAAGCCUUUGUGUUCGGGCAGAACUUGAGGGACAGAGUUAAGCUGAUCAAUGAGAGCGUGGACGAAGCUGACAUGGAGAAUGCUGGACACCCCAGCGCAGACACGCCAACCGCAACGAACUAUUUCCUUCAGUAUAUCAGUUCCAGUUUAGAGAACUCAACCAAUAGUGCCGACGCCUCCAGCAACAAAUUUGUAUUUGGCCAGAACAUGAGCGAACGAGUUUUGAGCCCCCCAAAAUUAAACGAGGUCAGUUCAGAUGCCAACAGGGAAAAUGCAGCUGUCGAGUCAGGGUCUGAGUCCUCGUCCCAGGAGGCCACCCCUGAGAAAGAGUCCCUGGCCGAGUCGGCAGCCGCCUACACCAAGGCAACAGCGCGGAAGUGUUUGUUGGAAAAAGUGGAAGUCAUCACCGGGGAGGAGGCGGAGAGCAAUGUGUUACAGAUGCAGUGCAAGCUGUUUGUCUUCGACAAGACCUCACAGUCCUGGGUGGAGAGAGGCCGGGGGCUGCUCAGACUCAAUGACAUGGCAUCCACGGACGACGGCACGCUACAGUCCCGACUAGUGAUGCGGACCCAAGGGAGCCUGCGACUGAUCCUCAACACCAAGCUCUGGGCCCAGAUGCAGAUCGACAAGGCCAGCGAGAAGAGCAUCCGCAUCACAGCCAUGGACACCGAGGACCAGGGCGUGAAGGUUUUCCUGAUCUCGGCCAGCUCCAAGGACACGGGUCAGCUGUACGCAGCCCUGCACCACCGCAUCCUGGCCCUGCGCAGCCGUGUGGAGCAGGAGCAGGAGGCCAAGAUGCCCGCGCCUGAACCUGGGGCAGCCCCGUCCAACGAGGAGGAUGACAGCGACGAUGACGAUGUCCUGGCUCCUUCAGGGGCCACCGCAGCUGGUGCUGGCGACGAAGGGGACGGGCAGACGACCGGGAGCACAUAGCGGCCGGGAGCCCGGCUGCACACCAGGCUGCUGCUUUGUCCGUCUGUCCGCCCGCCCACCCGCCCCCACCCCACAGGCAGCGUCCAGGUGCGGGGCCGGGAACCACACACCCCGCUGGGCCGGCCACAGUCUGGACCCGCACGUCCUGUUCAAAAGCAGACUCGGGAACUGCCUGAAUGUGGUUUGGGACAUGAGACCUCAUCAUAUUGAUGAGCAAAACAAACAAGAACAUUUCCUCCCUCCCCUCCUUCGAAUUGAAAUGGCACAUUAAGACUUGUCACGGCUUCUCACUGGGACUGGAGACCUCGUUCCUUCACCCUGCGUGUCGCCAGCCUCUGGGUCCAGCCAGAGCCCCUGGCUUCUCCGCUGCCCACACCCUUCCCUCCCUGCUGCGGGGCCCCGCCCUUGUGGGGAGCAGCUGGCCCUCUGCCCCUGCCUGGGGCUCCCCGACUACAGUCCUGGGACCCCCGCCCAGCCUGGGGACUGCUCUGAGUGUAGACACUGGGCCCAUUGGACAUGCUGUUAACUACUAUCUUCAUUUCCCACUUCCCCUCUCUGAUUGGGGGUGUAUAUUUUACAUCUGUUUUUCUUUUUAUUUUCAAAGGCUUUGUUUUGGUUUCUUAGGUUAAGAUGCUCUCAAGCGUUGAGCAGGCACAGCUCCGUUGAGGUCCCUGUCCCCCACCUGUGGUUCUGGCCUCUGAGGUUGGGGGGUCACUUGUUUCCCACCCCAGGUACCUCCAGGCUGAGUCACAGGGUGAUGAGGAGUUGGGGCCCUGUCUGUCCUAGGCCUGGAGAGUACCUAUCUAGGAAAAGGUCACUGGACCUGGAAGGGUCCCCAGGGUCCCCUGACUCCUGUCUCCAUCUGUGACGUGGUUCACCAUCAUCAGGCACCAGGCGCAAACUGCUUCCGCUGUUGGCCAUCCCUUCCCCAGCCGCAGGUGUCACUGCCCCCAGGACUGUCCAGGGCCAGGGGCCUCUGAGAGGCAGAGGGGUACCCUCACCAGGUCUUGGUGGAAGAGCCAGGGGGCUGGUCCCAGAAUAGGCGGUCUCACAAGCACGCAGCACACUGGAGUGGACGCCUGUGCCCACCUGACCCUGGGGUGUGGCCAAGAGCCAGCUGGCACCACCCACCUAGGGAAGCUGAGGAGGAGGUCCCCUGGGCACAGGGCCUCUUUGGGACUUCAGAGGAAAUCUCCCAGCCCCACCCUCGGAGGGUUAAGAGAAGACCUCCUGCAGCUGUGCCGCCCACACCUCUUGGUCGCCAGAGCCCUGGCCCACAGCCCCCAGCAAGCCUGAGCCAGGGAAGAACCAGAGGCCCUCCCGAGAGACCCAGUCACACGUCUCUGCUUUAAGCCUUAGCCAGCUAGUGACGAGUACAACGAGAUAACGCCCAUGUGUUUUGGAACAUUUAUGUAAGAUUGUCAUAUGAAAUGUAUUUGGGAACUACAUUAAACUUUUAACUAAAA